UGACAGCUCGCGUGGAAUCCCAGACAUGUUGACGUUUACGUAUCUGGGUAUCUGCAGAUCAACUUCUCACGCGAUGGGCUGGUGAUCGCAAUCUACUCCGCAUCGUCGAAGCCAUAAAUCUUCUGGUUGUGGGCGCGUUCCCUUCUUCUUCUGCGCAGCGCAAGUUACCCCACCAACGUUAUCACCAUGGCUCCAGCAAAUAUCGUCCACCUGCCCAAUGGCCAAAACCUGACUGUCUCGCCAGUGUUUGGUGGGCUCUUCUUCAAAACCAACGACUUACUUAGUUCUCAUUCGCCAUUCCCUCCAGGCUGGACAGUCGUACUGAACUCAGAGGACGAGAUCGACCCCGCACAGGCAGAGCAAGAUGAGAAGACUGAGAAGACCGGACUGCCUCGACAUGUACACCGGUACAAGCGACCCAACCUGACUGGUGAUCACCUCUACAUCUCCUCGGUAUCGAAUCCCAGCAGCAACGAGUUUAAGGCUGCCGCUUCGCCAACGCGCCAUAUCGCCAUGAUGCUCUGGGCGACCUUGUACUGGUACUUCCACCAACCCGAACCUACGCUUCAGGUCACAAAUGCGCUAUCGAAGAACACUGCAGAUGCAGGAAAGCCCAAGGGCGAGUGGAGGAUCAACAUCAACCGCGAGGGCAUCUUCAAGGGCAAGGUCGUGCUGCCAAAGCUCGAACGCAUGGGGCUGGUCGCCAGCGAGGACUCGGCAGUGGGAUGCGCACAGGAAGAAUCAGCGCACGAAGGCUGGACGCAGAUGUUCGUGAGUCGGAGGGUUUUCUGGCAGCUGGAUCCCCGUAUCUACCUGUUCACGCUCUCGCCCAUGGCCAACUCACCCUUCCCGUCUGGCUCCCCGUACCCUUCGAGGCCAUCGUCGCCAGUUGGCAAGGGCGAAGAAAAGAAAGAGCAUCAGCUCGAUCAGACAUCACCGGGCCUAUGGUCGCCCACGGCACCAGGCCCGUUCCACUCCAGCUCGCACCUGCCAACCUACUACCCUCCGCCGCCGACCCAAUACGUUAUCUCGAACCACGUCCGACAUCCUAUCCGCCCUAAGCCUCCUCGACAAGGCGAAGUGCUGUACACGCGCUACAUCCCCAGCGUCGGCCAAUACCUCUCCUUCCGAGUCGCAUCGAUCUCCUCGAAGCCGCUCCGACACCGCGGCCCUAUAUCGUCUCACGAAAAUGCUUCCUAUCGUCUCAGCGGCCAGUCACAAGCCGACUCGACCGUGUCCACAAUGAACUCACUCAACGUCGACAUGUCCGACUCCGAGUACCUACACAAGUGGAUGAACGACCCGCGAGUGUCGCACUUCUGGGGCGAAGCUGGUCCACAGGAACACCAGGAGGAGUUUUUGAGGAACGGUCUGAGAUCGAAAAACUCGUUCCCAGUCAUAGGCUGCUGGGAUGGCAAGCCGUUUGGGUACUUUGAAAUAUACUGGGUCAAGGAGGACAAUUUGGGCAAGUACGUGCCAAACGUGAGCGACUACGACCGAGGCUUUCACUGCCUGGUCGGCGAGCAGGAGUUCAGAGGUGCGCACAGAGUCAAGCUGUGGAUCAGCGCACUCGUGCACUACUGCUGGUUGGCGGACAACCGAACCGAGAGAGUAAUGCUCGAGCCACGAGUAGACAACGAGAAGUAAGUUGAGAAACUUGAAGAUACCAGCAAUAGACUGACAGCAACAGAUUGGCACACUACCUCCAAGAAUCUGGUUUCUAUAAAGAGCGCGAGGUCAGCCUGCCGCACAAGCAGAGCAACCUUUUCAAGAUCAACAGGGAUGUCUGGAAAGGGCCGGCGUUGUAAGCACAUGCUUGGGGCUCCGUGCUGGAGACUCGGAGACUCGAUGUGGAGAUGGCACAGGUCGAACGCGGCCGCGGGAUGUUGGGCGUUCACGCAGUUUUUGUGGAGGAAAAGCGGGUCUCGAGAUACCACAAGUUCUGGCCU